UGCUCCGCUUAUAUACUUCCAAAGCCCGCCUCUUCCGGGUGAUCGAUCUCUAGGGUUUCUCGGCUCGGUUGAAUCGUUGGAGGGCAUGAUCAUCGGUCUUGGCCUACUAGGGUUCCUCUCUGCCGGCGUUCUUCGUUCGAUUUCUUUCGUUUGGAAGCUCGCCGUGACAUUCUGGCGAGGAUCUCCGUCGCCAACGAGGUGGAUAGGAAUCCAGCCACCGCCGCCGCCGAUAUGUCCUUCUCUGGGACGGAAAAACCCCAAGAUGGAGCUAGGGUUUCCUACGGGACCGUUCGCCAAAACGGCGGCAUUGGCUCUGAUCCAUCUAGGGUUCUGCCGGACAUUGAUCCGGUGGCGGCGUCGGCGGAACGAGACGCUGAUAUCGAGGUGGUGGCAUCUAGGAUUUUUGAAUCCGAGGAUGCCAGUGAGGGUUCUCCAUGUGUGAAUGCCGGAAUCGAGCAAUCGGUGCCGGUCCAGGCGGAGAACAGGGUCUUGAAUGGGGCUGCCGCUUCCCGGGAGCCUGUGGCUCCCCAGUUGGCUUUGGUUCCACUGGAGGCGCCACCGGAGAUCUGGAUGCAUGGCUUCGAGAUCGGCGACAUGGUCUGGGGGAAGGUGAAAUCCCAUCCGUGGUGGCCGGGAUACAUCUUCAAUGUUCCUUUUGCCUCUCCCGAUGUCCGGAGGACGAGGAAGGAGGGCCAUGUCCUGGUUGCGUUCUUCGGGGACAGCAGCUACGGGUGGUUUUUUCCAGAUGAGCUUAUCCCUUUCGAGCCUUACUAUCUGGAGAAGUCGAAGCAAACGACCUCGAAGAAUUUCGCCUUGGCUGUUGACGAGGCAGAGGAUGAGGUGAGCCGGAGAGCUGCUUUGGGUCUGACUUGCCACUGUCGGAACGCAAGAAACUUCAGGUAUUUUGGUUUUCCUGGGUAUGUUCGUGUUGAUGUGCCGGGCUAUGAGCCAGGAGCAGAGUAUUCUGUGGAACAGAUUGAGAGUGCUAGGGAAAGCUUCAUGCCCGAAGAGUUACUGUCCUUUUUUCAGCAGUUGGCAUUGAACUCGCGACGCAAGGAGCCCUGGAGUAUUGAUUUCAUCAGGAGCAAGGCAAGGUUGCUAGCUUACAGGAAGGCUUUGUAUGAAGUGUAUGAUGAGACUUAUCCACAAGCAUUUGGAGUAAAGCCACGUUGGCCGUCUCUAAACGAUGCACAAACACCAGACCAACCUGUUUACUUUGCACCCAGAGGGUGUUUUUCCUCUUUAAGUUCUUUUACAAGCUGAUGAUAAUAUACUCCUUUGAUCAAUGGAAGGAUAGACCAUGAUCAGCUUGGUGAUCCUCUUAUAUCUUUUAAUGAAGCAAGAGGCCUCGCUUCUUUACUAUGAAUGUGAAUUGUCUUUUUUUUUUUCUUUCUUUUUUUUUUUGUUGACAUUGCUAUCUCAUGGGGGAUCUUUUUGGAAAAAUAUGACUAAAUUAAAUAAUUUUUGAUCCCAUGUACUCUAUGCUACCCUUAUAAACAUUUGUUUAUCAAUAGAAAUAAUGUCUAUGAAACUUAGGGCUGCAAAUGAACCAAUUUGUUCAUGAACAACUUGGGCUCGGCUCAGUAAUGGCUGUCCAAUCUCAUUUCAGCUAUAAAAUGGCCCUAACUUGAAAAUAUUUACAAGCUCGACUCAUAAUUUAGACGAGCUUAAGUUUGCAAAAUUGAGUAGAGGCAUGGUUCUGCUUGAUAAGAAGCUAUUCUCAUUUGGUCAAAUGAUAAAUGAACCCAGCAUAACAUCUCUAUCAAACUAGGCUUGAGCUUCGAUUGAAGCUUUAUUACUCCUUUCUUCAAGCAACUGAGCUUGAGCAGUCUGCUAAACUUAGCUCGGCUGUUUUUUUUUUCACCCCUAAUGGAACUAGCUGAUGCACGUGGAAGAGUUACAUGAUCACAAGACGGACUGAUUUUGAGAACUAGUUGAGGAUGAUAGAAUUGGAAGGAUAAAGAGGAG